GGUUUGAUAGGCUCCAAUUGCCUCAGCCCUAAAACCCAAGGCUGCUGAGUGUUGCAGAGGCAUGUCUGAGUCGGACACGAAGAAGAAGAAGCAGCAGCAGCGCAGCGGCGGAAAGCAUGAAGGAGAAGAAGGGUUGAUGAUCAAGCCCCAGAGCUUCACUCCCCCCAUCGACACCUCCCAAUGGCCCAUUCUCCUCAAAAACUACGAGCGCCUCAACGUCCGCACCGGCCACUACACCCCCAUUCCCUCCGGCUACUCCCCCCUGAAGCGCCCCCUCUCCGAGUACCUCAAAUACGGCGUUCUCAACCUCGACAAGCCCGCCAACCCUUCCUCCCACGAGGUCGUGGCCUGGAUCAAGCGCCUCCUCCGCGUCGAAAAAACCGGCCACUCCGGUACCCUCGACCCCAAGGUCACCGGUAACCUCAUCGUCUGCAUCGACCGCGCCACCCGCCUCGUCAAGUCCCAGCAGGGCGCCGGUAAAGAAUACGUCUGCAUCGCCCGCCUCCACUCCGCCGUCCCCGACAUCUCCAAGGUCUCCCGCGCCCUCGAAACCCUUACCGGCGCCGUCUUCCAGCGUCCCCCCUUGAUCUCCGCCGUCAAGCGCCAGCUCCGGAUUCGGACCAUCUACGAAAGUAAGCUCCUUGAGUAUGACCCUGAUAGGCACUUGGUUGUUUUCUGGAUUUCCUGUGAGGCUGGUACCUAUGUUAGGACCAUGUGUGUUCACUUAGGGUUGCUUCUUGGUGUGGGUAGCCACAUGCAGGAGCUUAGGAGGGUUAGGUCCGGGAUCAUGGGGGAGAAGGAUAACAUGGUCAGCAUGCAUGAUGUCAUGGAUGCUCAGUGGGUUUAUGAUAAUUAUAGGGAUGAGACUUAUUUGAGGAGGGUUGUUAUGCCCUUGGAGAUUCUCUUGACUAGCUAUAAGAGGCUUGUUGUUAAGGACUCUGCUGUCAAUGCUAUUUGUUAUGGUGCUAAGUUCAUGAUUCCUGGGUUGCUUAGGUUUGAGAAUGAUAUUGAUGUUGGGGAGGAGGUUGUACUUAUGACUACUAAGGGUGAGGCUAUUGCUCUUGGGAUUGCUGAGAUGACUACUGCUGUUAUGGCCACUUGUGAUCAUGGGGUUGUGGCCAAGAUCAAGAGGGUGGUCAUGGAUAGGGAUACUUAUCCAAGGAAGUGGGGUUUGGGACCCAGGGCUUCCAUGAAGAAGAGGCUUAUUAGUGAAGGGAAGCUCGAUAAGCAUGGGAAGCCCAAUGAGAAGACUCCACAGGAGUGGCUUAGGAAUCUGGUUUUGCCAACUGGUGGGGAUAGCAUGAUUGCUGGCUUGGCUGCUGCACCGGAACCUGAGGACGACAAACUUCAGAAGAAGGAGGAGGGAGAUGGGGAAGGGAAGAAGAGAAAGAAGCAUGAAAGCACAGAUAGCCUGGUUGCUGUUCCUGCUAAGAAGGCGAAAGUGGUAGAUGAAGUGGAAGAGCUUGAAAAGCUAGAAAAGGUGAAGGUGAAGAAGGUAGAUGAAGAGACUGUGGAGGUUGAAGUUGAGAAGAAAGAGAAGAAGAAGAAGAAGAAGAAGGAUAAGGAGAACAGCGAGGUGGCCUCUUCGGAUGAGGAGAAAACUGAGAAGAAGAAGAAGAAUAAGGUUGAAGAUGGUUCGCCGGAGUUAGACAAGUCUGAGAAGAAAAAGAAAAAGAAGAAAGACAAAGCUGCUGCCGCUGCUGCUGAAAUUAGCAAUGGAAAGGUGGAUGACAGUAAAGCUGAUAAGAGUGAAAAGAAGAAGAAUUAAGAAAAAGAAAAACAAAGAUGCUGAGGAAGAAUAGAGGAAGGCAUAUGUUUGUGUUUGUUGGUUAAGUGGACUCGUUAUGUAUUAUGCCUAUUUCUUGAUCAUUUAAUGUUUCGCUUUGUUUACUUUGUUGUUGUUAUUUUUUUUUAACAUUUUGGUAGUUUUUCUGAUGCUUUUUUGUCUUUAGUUUCCCCCCAACAACUAUGCUUCUGAAAACGUGUAGCAUCUUUUUGGCGUUUAAUAGAUCUCCUACAAAUGACAUGUCUCUAGCACCUGUAAUGGCAUUGCUUCAUGACAUGUCUCCGGCCCCUUGUAUUUUUAUUGCUUCAUUGUGUUUGUCUCUGCUCAGAUGCGUAACUUUUCCGCUUACAUAUGCUGAGACGAAUUUGUUUAGGAUUGCCCUGUUUCUCAGCUGGAACAUGGCAACAGUAUGGAUGAGCAUUUUAGGUUCUUUUUGUAAAA